UAAAAUCAAUUGGCUAGCCAAGUCCAAAACAAAUCCUAGGAAAUAGCAUUGUGAUUAGGAAUGAUCCUAAUGAUGAUUUCAGCUUGAAUUUGUGAUAGUCCGGUAUUAAUUCUGAGGUGUUUUGAUUAGGUUCCUGAUCGUUCUGUCAGUUAGUGCGUGAAUUGAGUGCUUGGUUUUAUGCAAGUGAGGUAAGUAAUUUAUGGUAAUGCCCGUACUGUUUUAAAAGCAUGUUUUGAUUUGUUUUGAAGUGGUGGCAGAACUAAACCCAUUUUACACAAGCAUGACUGAUUUGAAGUGAAAUGUUUUAUGCUUUCAUUUAAAUUGAGCAUGCCUACUUGAAAUUUAAGUGAUUGUCCUGAUGAUCUGAAAGUGAUUGUGAAUCGUGAUUUUCCUGUUAACUUCUGCCUGUUUUGUCUCCGAUGUGGUCAUGUUAUUCGUGACCCUGCUAGUGGGGGAGGUUAUAAACGCUAGCACAUGUCGACAUGUUAGUGAAAGAGCCGGUUCGUUCAACCCAGCUAGUGGGGGUUAUACACCAGUAAAUCGUGGCCCUGCUAGUGGGGAUUAUACACUGGCCGUGACCUAUAGAGGAGACGUCUAUUUCGUGCCCGUACUGUAUCUGUUUUCGUGAUUGUACUUAUUGGCAUGCUUUAAGUUUGAUAAGGGGCACUCCAUAUUUACUUACUGAGUUUAUCUCAUAGUUUUUCCUUGUCCACCAUUUUAGGAUGUGAAAUCGAGGACGGGGAAACCACGGGAAGUGACGAGUUAGAAAGCUAGCCAUUUCGAGAUUGAUAUAGAUUCUAGAAAUCAUGAUCUUGUAAGCUAGAGUGUACUUGGAGAUUUUAUGAU